AGCCUUUUUCAUAAUAUUGAUUUCCCCGGCAUUUUUCACUCGGCAGAGCUAAAACCCUAUACCGAACGCCCUAGUUCUCUGCAACUACAUCUUCCACCACGACGCAUUUGAAACCCUAAAUUCCUUGUCAUACCAGUUAUCUCCAAAUGAUUCAGUUCUAGAUCGUAAACAAAAACCUAAUUCAAGCUGAUUCAUCUGUCACAUUAACGGCAAAGUUCAUAUCAGAAAAACAAACAAAGAGCAAAGUGAAACAACACCACAGAUAACUGCGUUCGUCUGCAAAGUUCUCCUAAUCCUUUUUUGAUAAGGAGAUCGAGAAACCCUAAAUCUGCUAGCGUUUCUGGUCCUUAUGGAGAAAUAUAGUUUUUAUUUGCUUCUGUUACAUAUAUGAAGCUCUGUCUCUGUAAAUGUUUCGUAUUUGAAAAAGAAGACCCCAAUUCUAACAAGUUUUCUUCUAAUGACCUCAAUAGGAUCCAUUCUAGCCCCGAAAAGACUUCCAUGGAUCGCUAGUUCUAGGUUACCAUGGAUUCGAUGGGCACAUGCACAGGCCUCCAAGCCUCCAAGCCCGCCAACUCCACCAAAGCCACCUCAAAAACCAGUAGAAGUGAGCUUACAUGGAUUGACAUGGCACGAUCCUUAUAGUUGGAUGUCCGAUCUCAGAGAUAAGGUUGCCAUGCGCCAUAUGGAUGUGUGUAUGGAACAAGAGGAGAAAUAUACUGAAGCUGUAAUGUCAGAUUCAAGCAAGCUGCAGAGGAAGCUUCAAACUGAGAUGGCGGGCCGAAUGGUUGCAGAUCUCUCUACUCCUCCAGUUCGAUGGGGCCCUUGGUUGUACUAUAGGCGUGUGGAAGAAGGGAAGCAAUAUCCUGUUCUAUGCCGGAGGCUAGCUAGCUUGAAUGAAGAGUUUAUAUCUAAUACUGAUCCUGCUGCUGGUUUCGAUUUCAUAGCUGGUAAAAAAAUAGAAAAAAAGUUGUUAGAUUACAAUCAAGAAGCUGAGAGGUUUGGGGGGUAUGCUUAUGAAGAAUUGUCUGAAAUAUCUCCAGACCAUAAGUUUAUUGCAUAUACUAUGUAUGACAAGGACAAAGACUAUUUUACUCUAUCUGUUCGGGAUUUGAAUACAGGAUCAUUAUGUAGCAGACCACGAGCUGACAGGGUUGCCAAUUUGGCAUGGGCUAUGGGUGGUGAAGCAUUGCUUUAUACUGUAACUAAUGAUUUUAAGAGACCAUAUAGGAUCUUCUGCAGCAUUCUGGGAUCUGGUAAGGAUGACAUCCUAGUAAUGGAAGAUUCAGAUGAGACGGUUUACCUUAACAUCAGAAACACUAAGGAUUACCGCUUUGUCACAGUAAAUGUGUUUUCGAGUACUUUCUCAAAGGUUUUUUUGUUAAAUGUGGCAGCCCCUUUGGCUGGUAUGAUACAAGUAUGGGAAUGUGAGCCACAUGCACAUUGCAUAAUUGAACAUCAUCAAGGAUAUCUAUACCUAUUUACAGAUGCUGCAAGAGAUGGGCAACUUGAUGAUUCUCAUUAUUUGCUUCGUUGUCCAGUUGAAGCUUCUAGUUCUAGAACUUGGGAGGAUGUGUUUCUUGAGGAGUCCAACAUGUGCAUCGAAGAUGUUGAUCUGUGCAAUACACACAUGGUGCUGCUAUUAAGGGAAGGACGGAAGCUCAAAUUGUGUUCUAUUGCCCUGCCUUUGCCUCACCAAGUUAAGGCCCCACAUCAUAUUGAUGCUCUUCAUCCAUGUUACCUACCUCUCCCAGAACAUGUUUGUCAAAUUUCACCUGGAACAAAUUAUGACUUCUACUCCUCAACCAUGCGGUUCGUUGUAUCUUCACCUGUGAUGCCCGAUGCUGUGGUAGAUUACAACUUAGCAGAUGGAAAUUGGCGUAUUGUACAGCAGCAAAAUGUGCUCCUCGAAAGAACCAAAACUUUGUAUGGAAAAUCAUCAUCCUCUGAUAUUCCUGUGAAGAAAAUAGCAUUCUCUGUAAUAGAUAGUAACACCAAAGUAAAUACUGCAAAUGGCAUGUGGAAUGACCUCUCUGAGUAUUAUGCAUGUGAGUACUAUGAUGUGUCGUCAGAAGAUGUUGCUAUUCCUUUAACAGUUGUCCAGUCUCGCAAAAAGAAGAUAGAGAGAGAAACACCAGGGUUACUUCAUGGGCAUGGGGCAUAUGGUGAAUUGUUAGACAAGCGAUGGCGUGCUGAGCUAAAAAGCUUGCUUGAUCGUGGUUGGGUGGUUGCUUUUGCUGAUGUUAGAGGUGGAGGUGGGGGUGGUCGAAGAUGGCAUCAUGAGGGACAGUGCACAAAAAAACAGAAUGGUAUCCAUGAUUAUAUUGCCUGUGCUAAAUUCCUUAUAGAUAAAGAACUUGUGCACCAUAACAAGCUUGCUGCUUGGGGCUAUAGUGCUGGGGCGCUGCUUGUUGCUGCUGCCAUUAAUAUCUGUCCAGAUCUAUUUCGUGCUGCAAUUUUAAAGGUUCCUUUCUUAGAUACUUGCAACACACUUAUAUAUCCAGUGCUGCCACUUGAUCCAGCAGAUUAUGAGGAGUUUGGCUAUCCUGAAAAAUUUGAGGAUUUUGAGGCUAUAAGGAGAUACUCCCCUUACGACAAUAUCAAAAAAGGUGUGCCUUAUCCUGCAGUUUUGGUGUCAUCAUCCUUUAAUACAAGGUUUGGAGUGUGGGAAGCUGCAAAGUGGGUUGCCCGAGUUCGUGAGCUCACUAUUUAUGAUCCAGCACGGCCUGUUUUACUUAACUUGACAACAGAUAUUGUAGAAGAGAACAGGUAUAUGCAGUCCAAGGAGAUAGCACUAGAGAUGGCUUUUUUGAUCAAAAUGAUGCAUUCCUAGACUCACAUUUUAUUUACUCAGAAGCAGCAAGUACAAAGUGGAAUUGGAGAAAUGACCAUGUAUUUAUUAUGGGAAAUUUAACCAAGUAUCAAAUAAAUUUUUUUUUUUCAAAUUGA